AUGGAGGAGCAUGACAACAGAGCGGGAGGGCAGGGCCGCACAGCUGUGGCCUUUCCUCCUGAUGUGUGGCGCAUAAUUGCUGGCCAUCUGACCUUGAACGAGUGGGCGCGCAUCUCGGGCACCUGCAAGACCACCUGGCAACUCCAGCUCGACGAGUUACACCUCACCUGGCGCCAAGGGCUCCAUGCAGCAGACAGACAAUACCUGGGCAGUCUCAAGGCCGCCACAAUUGUAUUACUAAGCGCGCGCACUCGGCCCCACAGCACAGCAGAAGUGAUCAGUCUCAACAGCGCGAUUGUCUGGCUCCUGCGAAGCGCGGCAAACCUCGACUACCUCUUCUUGAGGACGCAAGAACUGCGCUGCAUGCCACACCUGGCGCAGCUAAGGCACCUGCAGCUGUCGCUGCGUGAAGACUUCCGCGCUGUUGCUCAGUCGUUGAGCAACCUGAAAAAUCUGGAGACGCUGCCCCUUGAUCAAGCCCACAGGGUGAGCCCUGACGAGGAGGCAGACUUUGAUCUGACUGGCAUUGACAAGCUGCAGACUGUCAUGUUGACCAAUGUGGUGCCUGCCUCUCUGCUGCUGCCGAGAGGUGCAGAGCUGCGCCCUCCGGCAGUGUCAGAGAGGCCGGCACAAUGCCACUCAAGUGUGCAGCUGACUCAACCCAGCCAGAUCAAGGUGUGGACGCCUCUCAGGAUCAUGGCCAUCACCGGCCCUGGACUCGAGUGA